UGCCAUCAUUUUUUUCUAUCAAUAACCUAGCCGACGCAUGCUCCAUUUUUCUUGGAAUUUCCUCCUGAAAAUUGUUGCUGUUUAAUAAAUUUCGUUCUAUAAUUAAUUACUGAAAAUAAAAAAUGGCAGGUUUUUUCAACCGAUUGGGACAACUUGGUCUAGGAAUUGCCCUUACUGGUAGUGUUGUCAACUCAGCUUUGUACAAUGUUGACGGAGGACACCGUGCAGUAAUCUUCGAUAGAUUCGCUGGAAUAAAAAACCUGGUAGUAGGUGAGGGUACGCAUUUCUACAUUCCCUGGAUCCAGAAGCCAAUAAUAUUCGACAUUCGAUCUCGACCAAGGAACGUACCCGUAGUAACUGGAAGUAAGGAUCUCCAGAAUGUCAACAUCACACUUCGUAUCCUCUUCAGACCAAAACCCGAUCAGUUGCCGAAAAUUUACACCAUCCUUGGCGUGGAUUACGACGAGCGUGUGUUACCUUCAAUCACCACAGAAGUUCUGAAGGCAGUCGUCGCGCAGUUUGACGCUGGUGAAUUGAUCACACAGCGAGAGUUGGUGUCGCAGAAAGUCAGUGAAGACUUGACCGAACGUGCCUCGCAAUUCGGUGUCAUUCUUGAUGACAUAUCUAUUACACACUUGACAUUCGGCAAAGAGUUCACUCAAGCCGUUGAAUUGAAACAAGUCGCCCAGCAAGAGGCUGAGAAAGCAAGAUUCUUGGUAGAGAGAGCCGAGCAACAAAAGAAAGCAGCUAUUAUCAGCGCUGAAGGUGACGCGCAAGCUGCCAGUUUAAUCGCUAAGUCUCUCACUGAAGCCGGUGACGGUCUAGUUGAGCUGAGAAGAAUCGAGGCUGCUGAAGACAUCGCUUAUCAGCUAUCGCGCUCACGGCAAAUAUCCUACUUACCUUCUGGCCCUGGCAUCCUGCUCAACCUUCCUCAAUAAUUCGAUUUAACUUGAGUCGAAAAUUAUUCUAACAACAUCAAAGCCCACGUUUGUAAAAUUGGACUUGUCUGUUAGGGAUUGUCGUCAGUAUUUCUGAAACUAGAUUAAUAAAAAUUAAUUAUAAUAAUUUUGGAGGUACUGAUGCCAAUGCUAGACUGUCAAUGCUAGUUUUACACACGUCAGAAGCUCCGAGCAAAAGAUUACCAGUUGUAAAAAUAAUAUCUAUUUACUUACGUUUAUAAUUACUACCAUAUUGAUAAUUGAAGAAAUAGCAUUUUGUAGUAAUACUACUUCUGGGAAUGCCCAGAAAUUCAUAUGAUUUCCAUUUAUUAAUUUAGACUACUGGGAUUAUUAAAGUUUUUAUUACAAAUUUAA